AUGGUCCACGAUGCCGAGCAAGUUUUCUUUGGGACAAUGCUGAGAGCAAUUCUCGAGCGGGUUCGUAUAGUAAAGGCGCGUGUAAUAAAGGUGUGCGAUAGGACUUCUGAAGAGACAAGAAAGCGUAAGAAUCUAGACAAGGUGGAAGCUUUAUCGAGGAAAUCUGAACACGGUAUAAGUUCCUUGCACGAAGUGUACGAGUCCUUACACAAAUGCGCCGAACAACUUAACUCUGUGAUGAGCUUUCCGGUAUUUCUUGUUAUUUUACAGCUGCUGUUACUGGUAUACAUCUUUAUCAGAUGUUUGAAGUACACCGUUUUGGUCAUUAUACCGUGUUACUACUCAAGCAAGACCACGACGCAAGUAUCCAUCAUACGGAAAACUCUUCACGAUGCGCUGAACAAUGAUCAGUUUGAUAAGAUAGACUGCCGUCGUCUGAAGGCGUUCUUCCAGCUGACCCGUGACAGUGAGUUCGCGUACGCGCUGUGGGGCGUGAUCAACCUCAACAUGUCGCUGCCGCUCAGCUACAUCAGCCUCUGCACCACCUAUUUAGUCAUCAUCAUACAGUUCUCCAAGUUCAUUGACUAAUGACAUCUGCACGGAUAUGAUGGUCGUUCUUGUCUACGUGACAGCUUGAUAAAACGGUGUCCGUC